AAGUGUGUGUUGUACUAUAAAAUUAAAUAAGAUACAUUAUUAUUAAAAUAAUAAUAGUUAUAGUGCUGUAUAUAUGCUGAUGAUCCUCAACUUUAUGCAUUGUCGGAUACACCAUAAUGCGGAUUAUAUGGGGAUUUAUAAAACUCUAUUUGUACAACUUAUUUUUAUUCAUGAAUAUAAACGCAAAUGAUAUCAUAAACAUAAACAGCGAGACAACACAACCGACAUGGCAAAACACAAAUUAUGGCCUUCCAUACUUUGACAAUAUGACAAAGAGAGAUAUUACUGCAACAGUUGGACAAUCGGCUAAACUUCACUGUGUUGUACGCAAUUUAGGCGAUAGAGCGGUUUCAUGGAUUCGAAAACGUGACUUGCAUAUUUUAACAGUCGGUAUUCUUACAUACACAAAUGAUCAGCGUUAUCAAUCACUGCAUGCUGACUCGUCUGAUGAAUGGACGUUGAGGAUAACAUCACCGCAGCCGAGAGAUAGUGGGAUUUAUGAGUGUCAAGUCUCGACAGAACCAAAAAUUAGUUUAGCAUUUCGACUAACAGUUAUUGUUUCCCGUGCCGAAAUAUUAGGAAAUAGUGAAGUUUUCAUCAAAAGUGGUAAUGACAUUAAUCUAACGUGUGUCGCAUACGAUGCUCCAGGUCCGCCAUCAUUUAUCUAUUGGUAUAAAGGACCGAGUGUUAUCAACUAUUCUCAACGCGGUGGAAUAAGUGUUUUAACAGAGCGACAAACAAAAACAAGCAAAUUGGUCAUCUCACGUGCCAUGUCGUCCGAUAGUGGAAACUAUACAUGCUUGCCAAGCAAUUCAGAUCCAGCGAGUGUUAUGGUUCAUGUUAUAAACGGGGAACAUCCAGCUGCAAUGCAGCAUGGCAAUAGUAGCAGUAACAGCAUACAUUCAUUAUAUUGUAAUAGAAACAGCAAUUUUUUAACAUUCCAUCUAUCGAAAUGGCUCUUAUCAUCACCAACAAAAAUGUUUUCGUCUAUUCCAACGCUUCUUCUUGUGACCGUAUCAACUGUCAUGUGCAUUAAUUUCUCCAUGAGAUGAUUUAUGUUUGGGAUUUGUAAUGACAGCCUGUAGCAUCCAAAUAAACUGUCAUAGAUAAAUACACGCAAACAAAUAAAUAUAAAUGCAUAGAAGAAAAAUAAAAUGUAUACAGAAAUCUCUCUUUUUUUGUCAUUUUUACACACAAUGAGAUGUUUAGGAUAUGUCUGUAGGAAUGGAUGAAUGGAAGUUAUU